AUGUCCGACGAAUCUCGCUCUCGAUCCGUCUCUCCAGAACCUGCAAUGCAGGCUGAUUCUCUGCCAUCGACACCAUCUCAACCUCCUUCUCGGCGUCGGCGUCAGAACCGCCCUCAGCAGCUUCCACCACAACAGCAACAGCCACCACAGCAACAAGGUCUUAUUCCCAGCGGUGGUCACCCUCUCGAAGGAGCUGCUGGCCCGGCAGGUCAGCUCCUUGGAAAUACACUUGGGCAGGUGAUGGGAGGUGGCCAGCCUCAGCCAGGAGGAGGUCAAAAGGAUACAUUAAAGCUCAGGCUCGAUUUAAAUCUCGAUGUCGAUGUUCAAAUAAAGGCAAGGAUUCAUGGAGACGUCACCCUUUCUCUAUUAGAGUUCAUGUUACGAGCAAUACUAUUGGCAUCGCAUGUAACCAUUGACGACUUUACGCAUGAGCCGAUGGACUUACUUACUAUUCGUUAUUGGACAUUUGUAGCCUGUAACACAUAA